GAUGCAAGAGCCGGGUUCAUAAUGCAUCUUCAGCAGAGCAGCGGGUCCUCCACUCAUCUUCCACCUCUUCCACCUCGUUACAGUCUGUCGCAUCGUUAGCGUGUCGUCGUCGUCGUCGUCACUACCAUCGUCUUCAUAGUUCCGGUCGGCAAAGCACCGUCAGUUAAUAAUCUAUUCUUCUCAUCACUGCCACCAUCACCACCACCGUCAUCAUCAUCAUCAUCUCCUUGGGCUUAUCCUAAAUAUAUCUUACUCAAUCUGGCGUCAUCACUAUCAUCGUCAAUAUGAUCAUCAUUGUAAUCUCAUCCUAAUAUCACACCAUCGUCGCGAUCGUUAUCGUUGCUUUGAUAUCAUCAAAAUCUUCAGCACCAUCAUCAUCAUCACAUCCUCUUCAUUCGAGCCACCACACACACAUGUGCCGCCGCUGCUGCCAUGUGUGGUCUCCGUGAGGAUGAUGCGACAUGGGGGGAGGGGGAGCUGAUGAAUCUCCGUCGUCGAUGAUUCCGCGCGGUGCAGCAGCAGCAGUAGUAGUGGGUCGGCUCUGCCGGUGGGUGUAGUGUUGGUGGUUGUCGUACGCGAGUUGUUGGUGAAUAUGUCGGGCAGCGCGACGGCUGUCCACACCCAGUAUGUGGGACCUUACCGACUCGAGAAGACCCUGGGCAAAGGACAAACGGGUCUCGUGAAACUCGGUGUUCACUGCGUCACCACCAAGAAGGUUGCCAUUAAAAUCGUCAACCGGGAAAAGCUGAGCCAGUCUGUGCUCAUGAAGGUGGAGCGAGAGAUUGCGAUUCUGAAACUGAUCGAGCAUCCACACAUCCUCAAGUUACACGAUGUCUAUGAAAACAAGAAGAACCUGUACCUGGUGCUGGAGCACGUCUCUGGGGGCGAGCUCUUCGACUACCUCGUGAAGAAGGGGCGGCUCACGCCCAAAGAGGCGCGAAAGUUUUUCCGGCAAAUCAUCUCCGCCCUCGACUUCUGCCACAGCCACUCCAUCUGCCACCGCGACCUGAAGCCGGAGAACCUCCUGCUGGACGAGAAGAACAACAUCCGCAUCGCCGACUUCGGCAUGGCGUCGCUGCAGGUUGGAGACAGCCUGCUGGAGACGAGCUGCGGGUCUCCUCACUAUGCCUGCCCAGAAGUUAUUCGGGGGGAGAAGUACGACGGCAGGAAGGCGGACGUGUGGAGCUGCGGGGUCAUCCUGUUCGCGCUGCUCGUGGGCGCCCUGCCGUUCGACGACGACAACCUGCGCCAGCUGCUGGAGAAGGUGAAGCGCGGCGUGUUCCACAUGCCGCACUUCAUCCCGCCCGACUGCCAGGCGCUGCUGCGCGGGAUGAUUGACGUGGACGCCACCCGGCGCAUCACGCUGGAACAGAUACAGAAGCACACGUGGUUCCUCGCCGGGUCGCGGAGCGAGCCCGAGCCCGAGCAGGCGGCGCCGCGCAAGGUGCCGAUCGGCGCGCUGCCCAGCGCCGAGGAGAUGGACCCGGACGUGCUGGAGAGCAUGAACUCCCUGGGAUGCUUCCAGGACAAGGACAAGCUCGUGUCGGAUCUCCUCGCCCAGCAGGAGAACCAGGAGAAGAUGAUCUACUUCCUGCUGCUCGACCGCAAGGAGCGCUACCCCAGCUACGAAGACGAGAACCUCCCCCCACGCAACGACAUCGACCCCCCCCGUAAGCGCGUGGACUCUCCCAUGCUGAGCCGGCACGGCAAGCAGAGGCCCGAGAGGAAGUCCAUGGAGGUGCUGAGCGCGGGGGAGGGCGGCUCGCCCAGCACCGUGCGCAGAGCCCUGCACACUGCACCCCACGGGCAGAGGUCCCGCUCUGUGAGUGGAGCCUCCUCCGGCCUCUCGUCGAGUCCACUCAACAGCCCCCGGGCGACACCGCACCCCUCGCCGCGCGCCUCCCCCGUGCCGGCGCCCCGCGCCGCCCAGGGUCGGGCGCCGGCAUUGCCGGGCCCGCCGGGCUCGCCGGGACACGGCGCCGCCCCGCCGUCGCCCUCAUCCACGGGGACGCCGCCGUCCAGCCCCGGGGGGUCGGGCUCGGUCGCCGGCGCCGGCGUCGGCGGAGCGGGAGGAGCGGCGGGAGUUGGGCCUCCUUGGAAGAACCGGCUGAGCUCCAUCAAGAACAGCUUCCUGGGCUCGCCGCGGUUUCACCGGCGCAAGCUGCAAGUUCCAACGGCGGAUGAAAUGACGAGCCUCACUCCCGAGUCAUCCCCAGAACUGGCCAAGAAGUCGUGGUUUGGGAAUUUCAUCAGCCUCGACAAGGGCGAGCAGAUCUUCCUCAUGGUGGAGAACAAGCCCAUCAGCACCAUCAAGGCGGACGUGGUGCACGCCUUCCUCUCGAUCCCGAGCCUGAGCCACAGCGUCGUGUCCCCCACGAGCUUCCGCGCCGAGUACAAGGCCCCGAGCGGCCCGUCCGUCUUCCAGAAGCCGGUGCGCUUCCAGGUGGACAUCGGCUCCAGCGAGGGGCCCGACUCGGCAGGGGACGGCGCCGUCUUCUCGCUCACCUUCACUCUGCUCUCAGGGCCGAGUCGGAGGUUCAAGCGCGUCGUGGAGACGAUACAGGCGCAGGUGAUGAGCUCCAGCGAGCAGUCGCCCGGGCAACAGCUCUCCGGCAGCCCACUGAGUAACUUCUUCGACGUCAUCCAGCAGCUGUUUACGGAUGAGGGAGGCGCCGAGCAGACGCCCGGGCCCCAGAACGGCGCCGGCGCCACGGGGCCCGGCAGCGGGGGCAGCAGCAGCAGCGGCGGCAGCGCCACCUCCCGCCGCCACGGCCGCACCAGCUGCUGAAUUGGCUGCCCGCCAUCACCGGUCCCUCUCCACCCACCGGCCACCGUAAACCCGCCGUAUAGCGCCUUCUGUUGGGCCCUCCCCCCGCCCGCCCGCCGCCCACCGUGGGGCCCCGACUAGGCGACCGUCACCAGCUGCUAGGCCUGAUGAAUGUUUCAAAAUGGGCCGCUGCUUUCCGGCACCUGUCGGAGAGAAAUCGCAGGUGUGUACGCGAUUUCUGUGUAAUGUUUUUUUACGCUUUUUUCUUCUCUUUUGUUUCCCCCCCCCCCCCCUUUUCUCCAGUAAUAAUGUUACGGCUUUCAGUCAGGGCUGCGUAAUUGUUGAGGCCUACCGGCACUACGUAACACCCGUUUGGUUUGAGACUUGGCGAUGGCGGUCACUGUAUUUUCAAUUUGAAAUCGGUUUUCAACAAGAAUUACGAAUGAAGAUUAAUUUAUCUCCCUUUCUCAUUCACUGAAUUGGCGAUGCAUUGCGGAAAAUAAGAAGGGGGCAAAUAUUUGCCAUGGUCUUGAGUGAGAUUCUGUUUUUUUAGCAUGUAAAAUCGUUGUAAAUCUCAUCGAUUUCCAAAAAAUAUAUUUUUCUCCCUCAAGUAGAUGGCAAAUAUUCCUGCAAAAAAUAUAAUUAGGAGCUCAUUGUUGGAAAGGGGGCGAUAGGGAAAGGACGGGUGGCAAAGAACUCGGUCAGACAAUGGAGAAAGCGAGGGAUGCACUUGACCCUGAGUGGACCACAUGCCCGCCGCGUUUCUUGUGGUGGAGGCCGACUGUGGUUCGAUGACUGGGUCCGUGGCCCCGAGUGCGUGCCGCUGGGCUCUCCUCAUGGCUCUCACAAAGACGGACGGACACGGGGGAAAUGCGCAAACACAUUUUUCGCAGGGAGAUUUCGCGACAACAACAACAACAACCUUUUGUGGCCUCUUGGAGCCACGUGAACCGAGAAAACAAAACAUCCAUCUUUUAGAACUGCUACGUCAAGCACCACUGGCCAAACCUUUGACACAUUGGGGCCCCCGAAAGCUCUGCAGAGGUCAACUCAAAACUCUACGAAGGUUAAAAAAAAUAUUGCACGCAUGGUCGUCAGUUCGCCUCGGAUGCAGCAGGCCUUGGCUGAAUCGACCACUCGCAGUUUUCAGUUCACAUGAUCGUUCUUUACUUUGCACCGAGGUGAAGAGCCUGGGAGGGGGAGGACGUUUUUGCAAAGGGAGAUCGAUUGUGUUCCUUCAGCAGCCAUGUCGAGCGAUUCAUCGCGGGCCCGCCAAGGCAAUAGUCGUAGCGCUUUGCGGAAAUGUACUCGGAUGGAGACGGGGGGGGGGGGGGGGAAGAGUUUGUGUUCGGUGGAGCCCGGCGUUGCGAGGAAAUCGGACGCUUUUAUCAAUCUGUGCCUGAUCGGGGCGGUACUUGAAUCGUCGAUAACUGAGAGAGGAAGAAGACGAAGGGCGGCGACAACGAGGACGACCCGGCUGGUGCCGCUGAAAGCGGCGUCCGUUCGGGACGGGGUGGGGGGAGACAUCGCGACGUCCCGUCUUUUGGACGAGACGCUAAACUCGAGUCCUGUCGAUGCUAAAGAACGAUAUUUGCUGCUCGCCGAAGGCUGGCGGUUGGGACAAAGACAUGAUUCGCGUCCUUCCCUCCGGCUGGACAUUCCCAUCGCGAGAAAUCCGUCGUGAACGUUUUGUCUGCCGAUCGACGCGCGUGUCCUGGAGUUAGCGUUUCGUGAAUCUUUGGAGAGGAGCGUCGAGGAUGCGUUGCUGCAACGGUGGGCGGCUCGUAGCAGCCACAGCGGACGACACCCACUCGUGUCAAACAAAGUCGGCCUUCACGCUGUAAGCCACGUCUUAAGAACUCGCUGAGGCGGCCGUUUCUCGAUCUCAAAUCCUGGCGGCCGAAAUCUCGCUCUGUCUUUGCGCAGCACGCACACCUACACCGUCCAGUGCGUGUGUGUGUGUGCGUGCACGAUCCGCUUUGGGUGCUCGGCCAGUUCGAGCGAGAUUGGCAGACCACGGAAUGAUGGAUUGGAUUUAGAGCUCGGAGGAGCGUGGGGUUUUGAGGGCAGUGUCGUGUUUAUCUUCUUAUUUGGUCUAACCACGGCUCUGUGUUAUUGUACUUAAAGCAGCCAGUGGGCCUAAAUAGUGGCCUAGUCAGAGUCUUUAGAAAGUAGUUGCUUGGGUGGUACAACUUUUGCCACUUUUUUUUCUAUAUACAGAGCCACGAUGUGUUUUUUUGUUUUGUUUACCAGCUAACGUUUGCUAAAUUACAGCAAUACUCAAACAAGUAUUCCAAAGGGCAUCUUUGUAAAAGUUUAAGUCUACACAAUUGAGGCUUACACAUGGCCCUCAUGUCACUGUGCGCUAAAUAUUUGUUCCAAUUUAUUUUUAGCACUGUAACAAAAUAAAUGCCAUCUGGUAAUAACAGGAGCGACAAUUUACGUAAAUUACCUCAAAAUCCGUGUUGUAUACUUAUAUUUCCUUCAAAAUUUUACUAAGUUAAGUGGGACUCCUUUGCAGGCUGUUUAAUCUGCAUUGUACCUAAUUUAAAGUAUAGAAAGGAAAGAGAUAAACACUUCCAAAAUAAAACGAGGAGUCAAAAAGCCGAUUCAAACAAAACUACUUUCAUCAAACUGAAGUGCAGUGGCGGUGGCAAGACGUUGGAAACGAGGUCACGUGACAUUGUAUUUCUUCAAUGAAGGAAAUUCCGCUCUCAAUGCUUUCUGGAUUAAUCUUCUUGGUUCUUUCGGUAAAGUCACCAAAGAACCAAGAAGAUGAAUCCCUGCAGUCACGAAAGCUUUAAAUCGAAAUGCUUUCUGGAUGUUCACGCUUUUUCUAUUUAUCUGCCCCGCGACCCCCCCCCCCCCCCCCGCCAAAAGAUUCGCUCCCCAGAUUCGUACUCUCGCGCCCGCGAAGACGAGAUUGCAUUUUGCUUCUCGUGACCAGACUGCGGCUCUGCCACUCCCCUACACGGGGCCUCGUGAGUGGGUGUGAGGUGGCGGGAAGAAGCCAUUCUGUUUAUGGGGGGCCCUCCCUCUGCCCCCCCCCCCCCGUGGCUCACGAGGCCUGGAUGAAAGAACUCCCAUGGAACCGCACGCGGACAGUGAGAGAUGCUCCUCAACCCAGGGCCUCGACCCCCGAACUUCUACCAACACUGUGAACUCUGCAGGGCGAUGUUUAAGGGCAGUAUUCGGAAGAAAACCGCUCACUUCACUUCCAGAGCUUCCUGAGCAAGAAAUUGGUGUCGUUUGGAGAAACCCACGAGAGACGAGACGAGUUUGGAUGUGUGGGUUUGGGUGCGGGAGACACUCAACGACGGAUUAGGGCUGGACUUUAUCACCGUUGUUGUUGUUGUUUAUGGGUUGUUUUUUUACAUGAACUGUUUGGCCGUUUCGUUGCUUUCGUUUCGUCGUCGCGAAUGUGUGCGGGUCCCACUGCCGGUGUUGUUCGUCGUCAAAUUUAUUUUGCGUCGUCUCGAGAGAGACGAAGGUUGCUGGUGAUGGAACAGACGAAGGGAAACGGGGACAAAGAUGGGGAGGAAACAAAAAGAGCCCAACGGGAAAAAAUUUAAAGAACGCUGCCGUGGAAAUACGUAUAUUUUGUUACCGUUGAGAUGAGGCACGGUUAGGAGAGUUGGGUUGCCUUCAUUUGAGCAUCGGGUAUUUGCCCGCUUGGAUGAGAAGUCAAUGGAGAUCUCGGUGAAAAUACCUAACGACAACAAUUCUAAAAGUACCCAUUAAAAACAAACGAAUUGCAUUUACAGCUGACGCCCAGAGACCAGUCGGUGGUUGGGUGCGCGCAUCUGAAUGGGGGCCGUGGCGUCAGAGAUGUUUCGCUUGAGAUCGGUGUUUCUUAACCCCGUCGUGCGCGAGAUGAUCCUUUCUGAGAACCAAAGUGGGGGGUGUGGUGGGGUGCAGGCUGCAAUAAAAGGUUAAGAACCACAGGCUUUAGAUGCUAGUCGUCAGCAGCGGGGGGGGGGGGGGACACGACAGUUUUUUUUAUCAAUCUUCAGAGGUUUACAUCGCUUAGGCUGGAAAUAAAAUAAAAAACAACUCCAUUUUAAUUGACGGGUUGGCCGAUGUAACGGAAUCGUAAUUUGUUUUUAAUGACGGAGUAUACACAUUCUAGAUUUGACGCUUUCGUGACUGCAAGGAUUCAUACUCUUAGUUUUUUCGGUAAAGUCACGUAGGUAAAUAAUGAAAUUAAAAUUAAUAAAAAUAAAAGAAUAAAAAUCACGACGUUUCGGAGGCAACACAAGUCUCCGUCAUCAGGU